CCCAUUUGCUUUGUCAGUUGGAAUAUUCCAUCAAGCGGAAGUUUUCAUAGAGCUACUUCCAGGUUGUUGUCACGGACGCUUUGGGUCCCCGGAAAUAACGAAGAGAACUGGAUAUUGGACAGCACUGAUUGACAAACGGGGAUACUUGAUCGAUUUAUAACAAUGAUUUCUUACUGACAGAGUGGCUUCUUAUGAAACUGCAUGGCCGUUUACAAAAACUAUCCAGUAUACUGUUCGGUUAACGUUCAGUGACAGCAUCAGUUUUCAUUUAUCAGUUUUCACUUCUAUUACGUGGAGACAUAAGUGCUGGUGAAUGGUCUUGGUUUACCUUUUCAUUAGUUACAAUUAGCUUCCGUAGACAAAUGUCAGCAAUAAUUGACUGCAAAUGAGGCUGGUCAUAUUUCCCCAUCCUCUAAUGGAUUAGCGUUGUUCGACAGACGAAUAUUAAAGACUUUGUACAAGGGAUAUGGAGUGGCCACAGGAUCUGGAUCUGCUGGUACCAGUGGUUUCCAGUGAGAUGGACUUUGAGCAACCCCUCAGUGACACAGAGGAGAAACUCAGUCGCAACGCCAACAGCACUGAACAGCAGCAAAAGGAGCUCCAGGCCAAGAUGGGUGGCUCCCGGAUGGGGGAGCGUCCACGAAGCCCUUCAGAGUCCUUCCGGUGGUUCAACUUCAGAACGCCAAACAGUUUGAGGCCUGUUACCACAGGCCAUCGAGAGCUUUUGGACUUCUUCAGAGCUUUGCAACAGUACCUGAGGUCUGAAGAGGAGGGGAGAGAGGAGGCGACCCUUCAGCUCCUGCUGGAUUUGUCUGCCCAGUGUGGUGUCUGGUUUCCUUGUACUCCUUCCUCUGCCUCCUGUCUUCAUCCUCAACAGACUGUGCCCCCCCUCCACUUGGUACAUUCAGUCAGUGAUGAUACUUCAUUAGAGCUCCAGGAGGCAUGGGAUGAUGUGCGACUCCAGCUCCGUCGCCAUCUGCUGGACCGGAUGUCUUGCCGCAGCCCAGAGCACCCAGGACCCAGACACAUUUCCACUCUGUCCAUCCCUGAACGUGUCCACUGUCUACAACAGCUGUUCUUUCUUUACCCUGAGUCAGAGGUGCUUGCAUAUUACCAGCGUCUGAGAAGCCAGUGUGUGCUGGAUCUUCUCUCUGCCCUGAGCUCAAGCGCAGGAGGUGAGACUGGCUUUGACAGACUGGCUGUAGGCUUCCGUUCUGUGGUCCCAGCUCUGACCCAAGCUCUCACAGAUGAGCUCUACGUCCUUUCGAGAUUAGCAGAACCGCAGACCAUUCUGGGUUUCCUUAAUGCGGCCUACCUCAGCACUCUGGCCCAAGAGCUGGCCUCCCUGAUGGAAAAAGAGUGUGAGACGGCCUUGAGGGACAACACCUCGCUCAGCAGCAAGAUCAAGAAAUAUUCAGCCAGGUCCCGGGCAACUGUAGCACCAAGGGAGCUUCCCAUGAAAAACAGGAGCUUCAGUUUGACCUCCCACCAGCUGAGGGCGUUAACCCAGCUGUCCUACUCUCUGCUGGGGUUUGAGAGGACAGUGAAAGAGCUGGUCACCAAUAUGACCUUCACUGAUUGCAUAGGAGAGACUCCCUGUGUAAAAGGUAACUUGAAAAAGAGUGCAGAGGAUUCUCACUUGACAGCAGAUACCAAGAAAUCCACAGCAGAAGUGCCUCUCUCCACACUAGAGCCACAGGCUUUGGAGUUUGACUGGAGGUCAGCAUUUAGGGGGCUGGUCCCCCACAUGGCACACUGCGUCAAGGUUGUGCUGGAUGAUGCUUGCGCCAAGAGUUUGCAGCAGGAAGAGGACUUGCAUUCUUCAGGACACACCUCUGUCACCCUGAGUCGCACCACUGGACACACCACCGUCACUGCCGGCAACACACAUCUUGUAGAAGACUCCUUUCAGACCCUCCUGGAGAGAGAGACACCCAAAAUGAUAGCCAAGUUCUGUGGAGCAAUCAUGACUGAGCUGGAUGCUUUACUACCUUUGGCAGCAGCCUGCAGGGACAGUUCACUCCUGGAGGUGCGAUCGAGCUUUGUGGAGGCGUGUGGCAGGGCAGCUUUUGCCAUGUUGGGCCGUUUGCAGGAGAGGGCCCAGGAGGUGCCAUCCUCUGCACCACUGAAGAACCUGCCUGCUCUGCUGGCCACUUGCAUUUAUGUGCACCAGCGAUUGGAGCACUACCACACCAGGCUGAAAGAUUCAAAUGUUACUGCAGCUAAAGUACCCCUGACCCUGCUGCCUAUCCAGAAGUGCCAAGAAACAGUGGAGGCCUUGAAAGACCAACUGACCAGCUACUGUAUCCAGGUUUGUUUCACCUGCAUUCUUCAAGACGCCGAGAGUCACCACUGGGCUGACCCCAAACCCUUCUAUGAGGGUGAGCGCUUUUCCUUCUCGGUGCAGAUGUGGUUCUACUUCCUGUGUGGGCUCCGUAGCGACCUGUGGGCGGUCCUUCCGGCGGACUUGGCCAAGGAGGUGCUCGGCCAGGUGCUGUCAGAGACUUUACAGAUGCUGGUUCAAAGAUAUGCCAGCGCUCGUCCUUCAUACAAGAGACACCUGCAAAUCAGGUGCGACAUUACAGCCGUGUUGCUGUAUGUGGAGCAGCUUAUGUGGAGUGUGUGCCAAUGUCCUGAGGCGCUUGUGCACUCCCAUCCUUAUUCAGCAAUUGCCAUAAUAGCGGGUGGAUCAGACUGGCCAUACCAAAUCCACAGCCUGUGUGAGCAACUCCUGACAGUCCUCGUUAUUGUCACAGCACCCCUUUCUUUGCUUUAUAGGAUAUUUAUGAUUGAUUCUGCCAAAGAGUCAACACCACAUCAGCCUGACAGCCCUGUUGUCCAUUGGCUAAAUGCUAUCGACCCUGAUCUCUUCACCGAGCAGGCCAUACAAGAUGGCCUUAUGGGCCAGACGGCCUCUGCGUGUCAGCUGAGGCUGCUGACCUCCGACCCCGGAUGCAAUCCCAGGUUGCUUCUGCGAAUGCUGCUGUACAGAGACUGUCACCUGCCCAGAAUACUCCUGGAAAACUCUUAUCUUUGUCAGGAGAGCUGCUCAGAAAUGUCUACAGAAAGCUGCAAGGCAGGAGAUGACUUCAUCGUCGCACUGUUCAGUCUUUUCAGUGGUUUAAACAAUGUUCCUAAGGCCUUGACUCUGGUCCUUCAGCCAUACCUGGAAAGGGCACAAAUAUGGGAACAUCUAUACACACUAGCAGACACAAAGCAGACAGUCCCUGUAGUGAUCAGCUGUGUCCGCGCGAUAGUCACCAAGUCUACCAGGAGACUCUUGGCACACCUGGUUUCGAUGGUGAUGGGUUGGCAGGCCACAGAAGAGCCCAGCGGAGCCUUGUUGAAGCAGAAUGUACCAGAGAACAUCCUGGUGAAAAUACCCAAGGAGUGGAACUACACACCAGUGGAAGCAAGGGGAAAGGAGACUUCCAUUAAGACGCUCAUAUCCUUAACUAUUCAAGCCUUGUCCUUCGUUUUCACCAACCUCCCCUCGGCCGUAGCGUCCGUGCCUCUCUCCAUUCGCUAUCUCUUCCUAGUGGCAGAGAAACAGCUCUCCCAGCAUUCCCGGCAGCUACGCUUAGUAGGCCUGUUACUCUGGGCCCUGCUCGGCUGUCUAAUCCAGGGUCUGGAGGACCCACACACGCUAGAACAGAUCAAUGGUCUGGCGCUGGAUCGUGGGGCAAAGGAGCCCCUGUCCCUGCUAGCUGAUUGCCUACAGGCUGCCAUGGGCAUUCAACAGAAGGGUGUUCCCAAACCCACAAUGCACAAAGUGCUGCAGACUCUGGAGGAAAAAAGACCCAAGUGGACAAGCAUGCAGCUGCAGAAGGCCCGCAAGCUCUGCUCGGACAGCAUAUUUGAGCGAGGAGGGGAGAGCGAAGUCGCUGCAGCUGAACUGACUGAGCAGAAAAUAGGCCUGAUGCUGCUGGAGGUCUGCCACAAAGCAGGUGGCAGCGACUACCUGAGGCAGAUCUAUCACAUCAUCCAAGGCAAUGAGGAAUUAUUGAUGUUUAAACUAAGAGGAAGCACAAACUCGCCCAGUACUCCUCAUCACUUGGUGAACUUUGACCUUGGCUCUGAGAGUCAUGACGACACUGCGGGCUUCAACCCUCUCCACCAGUUUGACCACAUUGGCAAGAAAAAGCUGGACCAGAGUGCCGUGGUCGACUGGGCAUGGGACUGGCCGAGGCUGCUGCCAGCAUAUCAGGGCAUGAGUCAGGUCACCUUCAAAACUCUGCUGGCCAACAGGUGGGAGAUGCAGGAGGGUGCAGAACUGGAAGAUGGAGAGAAAUCUAUGGUAGAAGAACUUCAGAAAGCCUAUUUUGUUUGCUGCUGCAGCCCGGGACCGCAGGACCCUCCUGAAGCUGAUGAGACACUGGCAAAGCAGACCCAGGGGGAAACGCAACCACCCGAUAAGACUGCUGCCCAAUAACAGUCCAUGUAGUUGGAAUUUUUUAUCACAUUGUAAAUGUUUGCUUGUAAUACUCACUUGCAGCUCUCAAGGUAGUAGUGAGUGUGUGUGUGUGUGUGUGUGUGUGUGAGUGUGCGCAUGCAGGGGUGUGUAAUUGAGUUUGUGCAUGCACCGUAUGUAGCAACUUUUCAUGUGUGUGUGCGUGAAAACGUGAGUGAGACAGCGGACAAGGAACUGUGGAACAACAAAAAGAGUGAGGGAGACGGUGCCAUCCUCUUUAUGCACACGCCUCAGACAAACUCUCUGUGCUUUUCUAUGCUGCAUCAGACGCAUUUCAUCUUUUUUGGAGCACAUCUCCAGAAAAUCAGUUCUGGGAAAUGGAGAGGCUGGAUUUUGUUUGCCUGGGACAAGAUGGGACUGUGUGAUCACUGUCGGUAGUUGAAGUUUUUUUUUUUUUUUAUUUGAGACAGUGAGUGUAAAGACAUUGGUGGCAGCAUACUUUCCUCCAGGUUCCUGAAAGUAAACAUCAAAUAUUACACGGUUUGGAAACAAGAUGAUGUAUGUUUUGAUUACAGUCUGUCCCAAAAAUCUGCCCCACUAUGUAAUAUCAGUCAGUAUUUUGUGCAAGCUAAGACAACAUUUAUUUUAUGUGUAAUACGAUUGCUCAGUAUAUUUUUCCAAGUUUGUCCUUUUUUUGUUAUUUAUGAGAUGGAAUGUUUUAGAAUUAAACCCGAAAAUAAAAUAAUAUUCUUCUAUUGCC